AUGACUGACGCUGUUGAAACAAUGGAGAUUGAUUCUAUCUUGGAGGAAGAUCUCUUGGGUACUGAUUUGGAUAAUGCAAUCCAAGACGAUCUAAAUCUAGUCGAAUCUACAGAAAAGACUCAUCCAGAACAAGACCUCAGCACUCUCGACACAACACGCCAGGAAGCAAUCUUUCUUCAAGGAGUAGAUGAGAUGAGCACCGAGGAUAUCUGGGAAUAUUGUUCUGGAUUACCUUUGUCAAAGGUUGAAUGGAUUGAUGAUUCACAUUGUAAUCUUGUAUUCUCCUCAGAAGAGGAAGCAAUAAAGGCAGCUCAUGAUUUAGUUAGUUUUCCUCUUGCUGAGGAUGAGACGUUAUCAACGACCAGAUUGCGAAAAGCAAAAAUCUACACCCGUUCAAAAGAUGGAGAGAAUUUUGAAUCUCUCCAGAUCCGAUGUGCUACAAUGGACGACAUCAAGAUUCAAGGAGCAGGCAAUUAUAGUCGUUAUUAUCUCUUGCACGGCACAGACUCAUCAAUACGACGACAACAGCAACAACAAAGAUCAACAUCCUCAAACAAACGGACGGCCCCGGUCAGAAAGACUGACGAGGAGGGUAAUCCUUUACCUAUCACGAGUCGCCUGGGUGAGCGAAGAACCGACCAGCCUCAAAGAGAGAGAGUAGAUCGACGUACAGAAUAUAGAGAUGUCAGAGGUGAAGGCAGACGAAGAGAAAGAAGAGAAAGAGGAGUAGGAGGAGAGAGCGUGCUUAGCCGCCUUGGAGCUCGGAUUUCUUCAAACACAGGUCCUGAUGACAAUGAUCGUUAUCCAGCAUGGCAAAGAAGGCAAAGAUCGUCGCGUAGACGGAGAUCGAUGUCCCCCGUACGAUCUACAGAACCAGACGGUGAUUCCACAGCAGAAAAGGGGCUUGAUUGCUUGUCUGAGAGUCUACGGGGUAGACUUGGAACAAAAAAGACAUCUUAG